CUCACGGUCGCAAACUGUCAAAAGAGUGAUGGAAUUUAUUGGUCACAGCCCGACGGCAUGUUACCUUUCGUCAAGACGUCGCGAGGAGUCCGUAUCCAAAUUACCUUGCACGGCUACUCUACCUAAACUUGCCAAAACUCCACCUUUCACUUGCCCUUCGCCCUAUCCACAUAAACGUAUGUUGACAACUGUCGGAUUCCGGCCUGCCACAUACUACUCCGCCUCCAAGACUAACCCACGAUAUUCUUUAUCACAUUCGCAAGUGGAUAGUUCAGCUCCGGAGACGGAGUUGAGUCAACUGUGUGGCAUACGCGUACCUUCUGUGUACUCCGCUGCUCGUAAUGCUUUGUACACACGGUACACACCCCGUGAUUGGUUUGCUAGCUAUCAGCGUCUGUUGCAAGCCAACGAUCGUGGACAGAAGGAUUCGGAGUGUUUGCGCCAUGACUCAAAACGGUUGGUGGAUGAGACUAGUGUGCGCACAAAGAAUAAUCAAAAUGAAUCCAGCCGCCAACUUGGUGAUCGUUUGUCCGAUAUUGUAUUUUGGGAGAAUGAACUUUCCGACGAAUUGGACAGAAUGGUCAAAGAGAUCAACGAUUUAAUUCGAGCCAAAAGAGUUGCCGAGAAGUUGCUCGCCGAAGUGGAAAAUCAACUACAUGUGGCUCAAGAAUGCUUAUACCAACGGGAGAAACGGCAGUGUGUAGAUCUGGUUCAUGACAAUGUGGAAAAAGCGUUACUAGCGGAGGUUGAUGCCGUCCUUGGAGCACAGGAAAUGCUCCGAAAAUUAAUUGACCGAGCGAACACCCAAUUAGAAUUGAACCGGGCGGCACAACACGAAAUGGAGUUGGAUUUGAAGAACAAAUUCACGGCUCAGCAAAUUGACGAGACAGCGGUGGGAAUGAAGAAUAGUUCUGCCGGUGUGCACUACUACGAAGGGGUGGAGAAUAUAGACCACUGCCAAUCUGUUCCGGAGACGUGGAAUCAACACGUGGCUGACAUUGUGAAUCGUAGUCGAGCAGAACGGGCUGCCAGCCGUAAAGUUCGUGAGGACAUCGGAAACAAUCUGGCUCAAAUCGGACAAUAUCUUGCUGAACGGUGGGCAGAUGUAAAUGCUGCGUUGGCCGAACGCAUUCGUGAAGUUACUGAUGCUCGGAACCAGAUCCAAGCAAGUUUGGGUCACACACUGCAAGAAAUUCUUGACACGGAGCGCGAAAUAGAGGAAAUCAAGUCAGCUAUCCGAGCAAAAGAAGAUUACCUGAAGACAGCCACUAGCCGCUUGAACAUUCGGUUGAGCAGACCGGGCAUGGAACAUGUCUGUGACUCAGCUCAAAUGCAAUUAAAGUGUGAAGUGGCCCAGUUGAAAGAUUCAAUUCGACAGUUACAAGAACAGCUAUGUCGAGCUCAGGAUAUACUGCAAGAACUCCUUCGUCUCCGCAGUGCAAAGGAAGCCGAAUUGGCCGUGAAAAAUAACAGCAUUUUCAUUGAUCGCGAGAAGUGCUUGGCUCUGCGAAGCAGUUGGCCGAAUGGCCCGACUGCUAAAGCUGCCCGCGGUGCUCCUUGUCCUUGCAUCAACGCGGACGCUGCGACUGCAGCGGCCACAGCGAAAGUUUGUGCAUGUUGA